AUGGGGUCACGUGGAUCAAAAUUUCGUGAGGAAACGUUGAAAAAAUACGAGAAAAUUAUAGGAAAAGACGGACCUUCAUGGGGAUAUGGGGAUUAUAUACGUUUUUUGACAGAAGAAAUUAAUAAUAGAAGUUGGGAUGAUAACAAAUAUAAUGAGUUUUUAAAGGAUAAAGGCUGGGAUCUAAGAAUAACGUCUAAUACAGUGAAUAAAAUAUGUGCGUGGGAAAAAGUCCAACAAGAUAUAUUUCAAGCAGUUAUGGAUAAUUAUUCAACUACGCCUUUUACGUGGGAAGAAAAGGCAAAAGGGUUAAUAGAAAAUGCACGUAAUAUUCAUUUUAAUAAACAGACAUGUGAUAAUUUUAAUCAUACAUUAACUGAAGAGAUUGAUAUCGUUCCGAACGUUCAAAAAGGCAAAUGUGAUUUAAAUAUUGUAGAUAAUUUAUGUAUACCUUUAAGACGAUCGAGAUUUCAGUUCGGAAACAUAAGUGAUAAUAUAAGGGAUAUAAAAUCAGGGAAGGAAGGAACAGAAAAUAUGCGAUCAAUUUCUGCUAUAACGACCGCUAUAGGAAUACUUGCGAGACAAAUUACUGAUAAUAUUGUACAAUUAAAAACGGAAUACCGAGAUAAUAAAGAUUUGUGUACAUUUUUGAGACGAACAUAUGCUGAUUACAAAGAUAUAAUUGCAAAUAAAGAUAUAGCAGAUAAUAGAAUAUCUAAAGGUUUACAAUGUUUAUUGAAUGAAUCAAAGACCGAACUUAAAGGAAAUAAUUCUCCUUUGUCGUUACUUGAAAAAUAUUUUAAAGAUGUAGUUGAAGAAAAGUUAAAUGACGAACGUGUGUAUGAUGGUGAAGAUAAAAAUAUAAAAUGCAAUUUAGAUCAUAGUUAUUACAAGGAUAAACCUCAAUGUUUACGUUUUUUGGAAGAAUGGUUUGAGGAUUACUCAAAAGAAAAGGAACUUUUCGAAACAAGUUUAAAAGAUAUAUGUAUUGAAGGAAAAACAAAAGAGAAGACAUUGUAUAAUGGAAUAAAAUACAAAAUACCUUGCUCACAAUACUGUUAUGAGUAUGAACGCUUAUUGAAUAAACGUAAAAUAUGUUAUAAUGAUUAUUUAUCUAAAUGCAAAGAAAAUUUGAAAGACGACCCUAAUUAUAAGGAUGAUACGUUAUAUCAGUCAGAAGUGGAAAGUAUUGAAAGAAAAACAAAAGAGAAAUAUAAAUGUAGUGACGAAGAUUGCGGAACAGAUGGUAAAAUUAAUUUGGAUCCUUUUUUUGACGCUAAAAAACUUUCUACAAAUAAAACAUAUUGUUGUGGAUGUAUUCAUGAACUUAAGGAUAUAUUAAAUGUAUUUAGAACAAAAGAUAAAGAUUCCAGUUAUAUUGAUGCGAUAUUAAAUAAAUUGAAAAUAUGUGCACCAAUAGAUAACGAUUUAAAUGGAACUACAAACAAUAAAAUAAGAACUAAUGAUGGAAGAGAAACAGAGAUAUGUGAUAUACAUUUUACUAAUUCUAAUUUGAAAGGUACACAUACGUGUUAUACCAUUCCAUGUACAAACAAUAUAAAAAAUGAGAAAUCAUGGAUAUGUGAUUCUAAAAAAGGUACAUCUGGAGAAGGUUUAAAAACUGGGUGGGGUGAUGCAGCAAAAAGUGCCUGUUUACCACCAAGAACACAACGGUUAUGUCUAGGAAGAAUACAUGAUAAUAAUUGUACAACACAAAAUAUUGAAUAUAUUUACACUAAUAAUAAAUUAUUGACUGAAUUAAUUAUUGCAGCACGAUUUGAAGGUGCACAAUUACAUAACAAAUAUAUAAGUCUUGAUAAAGAUAAUAGAAAUGAGGAAGAAAAAAUAAAAAGAUUAUGCAAUGCUGCAAAAUAUAGUUUUGCCGAUCUAGGAGAUGUGGUUAAAGGAACAAGUAUAUGGGAAAGUAAUGAUACUAAAAUGAUGGAAAAUAAUUUAAGAACCAUAUUUGGAAAAAUACAUAAGAAUAUAGAUACAUGGAAGCGAACAAUAUAUGAAGAUACUGAUAAAAGUCCAAAAUAUCUGAAAUUGCGUGAAGUCUGGUGGAACACUAAUAGGCAAUAUAUAUGGAAAGCUUUAGUUUGUGGCAUCAACAGUGUAUCUGGAAAUAACACAAUUACAUGUAUAUCAAAAGAUGAACCACCUAAUAUCGAUUAUAUGCCGCAAUUUUUACGUUGGCUAAUUGAAUGGAGUGGGAAUUUCUGUGAGGAAAAAAAAAUAAAAUUUGAUGAAGUAAAAAAUGCUUGUCAAAAAUGUAAUAAGGGAAAUACUUGUGUGCCAGGUAGUAAUGAAUGUAUUGAAUGUGCUGAAAAAUGCAAAGAGUACCAAACGUUUAUUAAGGAUGGAAAUGACAAAUAUACAAAACAAAAACUUCAAUAUGAAAAAGAAAUAAAUGAAAUAAGCAGUAAAUAUAGAAAAAUGCAAAAUUUUUAUAACGCUAAUAUUCAAAAAAACAAAGAGGACGAAUUUUAUAAUUUUUUAAAUUAUACUAAUAGAAAUUCUGGAAGUUUUUUGAAUGAUUAUAUGAAAAAUAAAAAUUUGUGCAAACCUAGCCAUGUUGGAAGUAGCCGUAAUAACAUUGAUUUUAUUAAUGUAAAGGAAAUCUUUAAUGAUACACCUAAGGGUUACGAAAUAGGUUGUUCAUGUAGUAACAAUACAUCUCAAUCGCACAACCUACCGGGAUCAUCAUCAUCAGAUAAUUCUAAUUCAGAAAAUAUUAAUAUUAGAGCAUAUUUAAAUAAGGAUGCAUGUUUAAUUAAUGAAAAAGUUGAUGGUGUAUAUAAGGGAAAUAAUUUUCCGUGUAAAUCAAAAGUGUCCGGAACACAGAAAAAUUGGGAAUGCAAUUUUAAUAGUCGAAAUGGUUUUUCGUUAAAACAAUCGUGGAGUAAGGACGGCAAAGGUGCAUGUUUACCUCCUAUGACACAAGAAUUAUGUUUAGGUAAUCUUAACAAUAACGAUUUAAAAGACAAAAUUGAUAGCGCGGUAUCAGAUGGAGAUAAAAACAAAAAGAAUAUCAAAUUAUUGGAAGAACUAGUCCUUGCAGCAAAAUAUGAUGGAGAAAAACUUUGGGAAAAAAACCAAAAUAAAAAUGAUAAUACAAGUGUCUGCUUACAAUUACGUAACAGAUAUUCUGAUUAUGGAGAUUUGGUUAAAGGCACAAGCAUAUGGGAAAAUACAAAAACAAAGGAUGCGGAAAAUAAUAUUGGAAAUAUUUUAACAGAUAUAUUUAAAGAAAAAAUAACUAAUGGUAUGUCGGAAAAACAGUUACGUACUAAAUGGUGGGAUGAAAAUAAAGAAGAUGUAUGGCAUGCAAUAACGUGCGGAAUACCAGAUAAUGAAACGUUUGUCAUUGCAAAGAAACCAUCAGAUGGUCGAGGAAUAGAAUAUAGUGUCACGGGGAAAUGCGGAUAUUCUCAGGAAACUCCAGACGAUGACGAAAUACCUCAAUUUUUACGCUGGUUCAAGGAAUGGUCCAACGAUUUCUGUAGAACAAAUACUGAGAAAAAAACUAAUUUGGAAAAUAUUUGUCAAGGAUGUGACGGAACCAAAGGAAAUAACUGUCCUGAUAUUACAAAUACACCUGGUUAUAAAUGUUCACAAUGUGUAUCCACAUGUAAUAAUUACAAAACAUGGAUAGAUAAUCAAAAGGAAGUAUAUAAUGAACAAAAAAAAAAAUUUACGGAAAAAAAAUCCGAAGCACAAAAGAGUACACAGAGUAGUAGUUCAGGAAAUAAUGAUGAUACAUAUUAUAAAAAAUUAAUUCUUGAAAAUAUAAAUUCGGCAGAGAAAUAUUUAGAAUCAACAGAGGACGAAACCCAUUGUGGCAAAAAUAAUGAUAUUAAUUUUGUGAAUGAAAAUACCACCUUUAAAAAUACUCCCUUAAUAUGCAAAACAUGUGAUGAAAAGAAAAAAGAAAAAAUUCCUGACAUACACGGAACAUCUACUACUAGUAAAAAAGAAUUAGAAAAAGAACAAACGCGACGAAUAUAUACUGGAGACAUUACAAAAUAUUGUAUGGGAGUAGCAGAAUUGGCAAAAAUUCAAACUACUACGCCUAUUGACCCUGCAUCGUCCACUUUUACUAUUGCAAAUAAUAACCAAAAUAAUCAAAAUAUGUAUGAAAACAUUGCAUAUAAUAUUACUGUAUGUAAUCGUGCAGAUCGUUCAUUGUACGGUGCACAAAAAAACAAUUAUAAUUCUGAAUGGACAAUAACAUUAAAGGAAAAACAUAACAAUCAAGAUGUGGAAAUAGUUAAAAAUUCUUCCGAAAUUACACAUGAGGAUUCUGUUUUUAAAAGUACCAAUGGGGGAUGUAGUGGACAUCCAUGCAAUAAUUCAGAUAUAAAAGGAAGAAGAUGGAUAUGGGGAGAAGCACAAAAUAAUAACAUAGGAUUGAAAAAAAGUAAAAAUUAUUCUAAUAACAUAGGUAUUCCUCCGAGAACACGAGUUUUAUGUUUAGGAAACAUUCAUGGUGAGGGUUGUGAUAAUGAUGUAGUUUCAAAAGUUACAACUAAUGAACAAUUAUUAAUGGAAUGGGUAAUUGUCGCAAAACUUGAAGGAGAAAAUUUAAAAAGAAAUUACGGAAAUAAUAAUAAUAAUUCUAAAUUGUGUCGAGCUGUGAAAUACAGCUUUGCUGAUAUUGGUGAUUUGAUAAAAGGAACUAGUAUUUGGGAAGAUAAAGAGAGAAAACAUCUUGAAACAAAUUUACAAAAAAUAUUUGAAAAUAUUUUUGAAGGGAAAUACAAAACAGACAUAAAUAGUACUAACGCGUUAAAAAAGUUUCGGUACGAAUCAUUAGGUGAAUUAAGGGAAAUAUGGUGGAAUACUAAUAAGAAAUUUAUAUGGAACAUGUUAUAUAAAGGAGCUGGAUUGAAUAGUACUGAUAAUUGUUUUGAUAUUGAUGAGAAGGUUACACCAACAAUAGAUCAUAUUCCUCAAUUUUUACGUUUCAUGCAGGAAUGGAUCGAACAUUUAUGUGAGAAAAGAAAAACAAAAAUUGACAAAGCAGUAUAUAGUUGUAAGGAUUGCAAAGACGAGCAAGAAAAACAUAGUGAUCUAGAAGGGAAAGACUGCUGGAAAGAUAAAGGAAAAGUAGGAAAAAAUUCAAAAGAAUGUGAAAUGUGCAAGUAUGCAUGUAAAGAUUACCAAGAGUUCAUCACAGGUAAUGAUGAUGGCGACAAUAUCUCAUGGAGAGAAAGAUGGAAAAAUGUAUACGAAAUGUAUAUGGAAUUGAUAAAAAACUCUUUGAAUAGUAAAGAUGAUGAGAAGAUGCCAUGUGGUGUGGACGAUAAAGGAAUAGAUAUAUAUUGUCCCAAACCGAAUAAUUUGUCUUUUUUUAAAAAUUUGUACGACCAAGGGUAUACAACACCAUCUUCAUACUUAUGGUUAGUUAUAAAAAACAAUAUAUGUGGCGAUGACAAACCAUAUUUCGCAAGAGUUAUGGAUGACGAUAACAACGAAAACAAACAGAAAAACAAUCAAUGGACAGCACCGUAUGGUAGUGUUUUUGGAGACCGUCCUUCUGGAUACAAAUAUGCGUGUGAUUGCCGCGUCCCGUCACGCGAAGAACGUUGUAAUGAUAAGGGAUUGUAUUCAAACGAUUGGAAAUGUGGUAAUGGAACUAGUGGAAAUACUGGUUCUGUGCAUUCAACACAACAUGCAGCGCCCACUAGUCCUAGUGCAAGUAAUAAAUACGAAAUAUGUACAAAUAAGAGUAUUACAACUGGAAAUACGAGUAGUGCAAAAAAUACUCCUGCGCGUGCUGUUGCAAACAACCAAUUGGGAGAUGAAGAUCAUAGGUUUUUUAAUUGGUUUGAUAUUUGGUAUCACGAUAUACAAACCCAAAUUGACAAAUAUGCUAAACGUGUUGAAAAAACAUGUAGUGACGAACAGACAAAGAAUAAUACUUUUCCAGGAAAUAAUCACAAUCACCAACAAAAUAAAACCAUUAUUGAUAAAGAUAAGUGUAAUGAAUGUAAAGGAAAUUGCGAAUGUUAUAAUUUAUGGACGAAAAAAAUUCAAAAUCAAUGGGAAAAACAAAAAAAGAAUUACGAAAUAUUUAAUAAUAUGAAAAAAGUUCAACAUGCUGGAAAUAACGCUACACAAACGGUAAGUUUAGGCAAUUAUUUAUUUUUUUCUUGUUGGGAAAAAUAUAUACAACAACAUUUAAAAGGGGAUUGGGAAAAAAUCCAAACCUUGGAUUCGGAAACACUAGAUUUCUUGGAAAAAAAGUGUGGAAAAUCUAUAAAUGAUGGAGAAAAUAUAUUUGAGGAACGUAUAAAUGAAGUGAAGAAAAAAGGAACAGAGUGUAAUAGAAGACAUAAUAAAUGUACUUAUGAUGAUAAAGAAUUUGAAUGUGAGAGAUAUCAGGAUGUUAGCGAAUGUAAAGAUAAAUACUAUGAUGGAUCCAUGCAUGGGAAAAAACAGGAAAAUCCUAAAAAAUGGGAAUGUAAAGAUCAAAAUACAUCAACUGACACAAAAGAUGUAUGCGUUCCCCCACGAACACAAACAUUAUGUGUAGCAAACAUGGCAAAAGCAGGUGGAACUAUAGUGGACAGUGCAUUUUCUAGUGAAGAUAAAAUGAAAAAUGAAUUAAUAAAAGUAAUGAAAAAGGAAACGGAACGACUAUACGAAUAUUAUAAAGAAGGAAAACCUAUAAUUACAAUAAAAGAUGAAACAGACAAAAGCGGUUUGCCAAAAAAUUUUUGCAAAGCUUCAGAAAGGACAUAUAAUGAUUUCAAACAUAUGGUUAUAGGAGAUAUUCCGUGGAAACCAGAUAGUCUUAAGAACAUACAUAACAGAAUUAAACAGAUAAUUACACAACAAGAAAACAAUAAAGACCCCAAAACUACUAAUUCGAAAAAAACACCUGAGGAAUGGUGGAACGAAAAUGAAUACGAAUUUUGGGAAGGAAUCAAAUGCGGAAUCAAAGCAAAACAUAGUGGUAGUGCCACUGGUGACGAAUGUGGACGUCACCCCCCUUCCGAUACCGAUGAUCCAUUUGUUUCGUGGUUCAAAGAAUGGGGCCAACAGUUUUGCAUUGAAAGGAAAACAUAUAUUGACGCGAUAAAUGAGAAAUGUGAUCCAUCGGCGGAUAAGAGGUGUACAAAUGGUAGUAGUACAAAAGAAUUAAAAGGAGAAUGUCAAAAUAAGUGUAAGGAAUACCAAAAUUUUAUAAAUAAAAGGAAAAAUGAGUGGACACAACAGAAAACCAAAUAUGAGAGAGAACAUUCUGGAAUGAAAGCCAAAGAAUUAUUAGGACUUAAUUAUCCCGAAUGUUUAGAAGCAAAUUUUGAAACAAUAUUUGACACCACUACAAGUGGUACCACGAGUGGCGCUAGUGGUAAUGAUUAUUUUGAUGCUAGGGAUAUAUGUUCGUGCGAAGAACAAAGAUAUAAAUGCGGUGCUACACAUCCAUCCACAUGUAAAGAUAAAAAAGGCGAUCUAUCCACAUGGCGUACCGGUUUAUUAAAAAAAGGAACUGAUGGCAAACAAUUACAAGGCGUGUAUGCUCCUCCACGUCGUCAAAAAUUAUGUCUAGCAAAUUUAUAUCCAAUAAUUUUUGGAAAAGACAAUACCGAUAAUAAAAAAAUUACGUUAUUGAAUAGAUUACAAAUAGUUGCGGAACGGGAAGCAUAUUAUUUAUGGAAACACUACCAUCCAAAUAGUAGCACCAAGGAUAGUGGUGAUGCCCACAAUAGAGCCUGCUGUGCUAUCCGUUCCAGUUUUUAUGAUAUUGGAGAUAUUGUUAAAGGGACAGAUUUGUGGGACGAUACUAGCAAAAAAUAUAUAGACAAAAUUUUAAACGAUAUAUUUGAAGAACAAGUACAAAACAAGAAAAACAAAAAACAAAACCAAAUAAAUCCUUAUCAAAUUAGAUAUGCACGAAAAAAAUGGUGGGAAGAAAACAGAAAGUCGGUAUGGGAAGCUAUGAAAUGUGGAGUAAAAAAUGCCAUGAAAGAUUUAAACGCAGAUGGAAAAGAAGUUGAUGAUAAUGAUUUGCCACAAUGCAUAAAAGAUAAAGAUGGUGCUCAAGGAACUUUCGAUUCAAUACCUACACCUCAAUUUGUGAGAUGGUUAGAAGAAUGGUCUCAACAAUUUUGCGAAAAAUACCAUGAAAAUAUGAGUGAAUUGCAAUCAAAAUGUAGUAAUAGUGGUACUAUUGAUGAUUGUAGUGGCAAUAAUGAAUGUAAAACUGCUUGCACAAAAUAUAAUGAUUGGAUUAAAUCAAAAAAAAGAGAAUGGGAUGGGAUGAGCAAAUAUUACGAAGAUGUAAAAGGUAAGGAUGAACAUCUAUCUAUUGAUAGAGCGGAUUAUAGCCCAAUUAUUCAACCUACAGCAAUUAAACAUUUGAACGAAAAAUGUAAUCAACAAAUAAAUGGAACAGAUAAAUGUUGUCAUUGUCAAAAUAUCGGUAAAGAGAUUAAGGCGUCCUCCACUGGUAAUAGUGCCCCACUGGAUGAUAUGGACAAUGUUGUCAAUAGAAAUGACGAUAAAUACAAAAAAUAUCUGCGAAGAUGUAACAACUGUUACAUCCAACAUAUCAAUGAUCAAAUAAAUGAAAUCCAAAAGAAAUUAGAUGAAAGACGAAAAAAAGAAGAUGAGGAGGCAAAAACAAAAUACGCGUUCGAUUGCGGCAACAGUGGUAGUCAAAGUAAUGGUGGUGAUGAAUUGUGCAAGAAAUUGAACGGUAGUUCACAAGACGAGGCACAAAAAUUAAAAGUUCCUAUUGAUCCUGAUAAUACAAAUUCCAACAAAAAUAAAGAAAAGGGUGGUAUGAAUUGUGGAGGCAUACCUAGUAACGAAUCGGAUUAUAUAUGGAAAAGUAAAGGUGGAGGAGAGUAUACAUGGGUUAACAAAUUAGAUAAUAACAUACAAAUACCUCCAAGACGACAAAAAUUAUGUUAUAAAAUAGAUGGUUCAAAAACUCAACAUGAAUUGAGAUACAAAUUGUUUAGAGAUGCAGCAAAUGAUGCAUAUAAUAUUGGUAUUAAAUAUCCAGAAUAUAAAAACCAUUAUGGAGUAAAACCUUGUAGAGCGUUACAAUAUAGUUUUAAUGAUUAUAAGCAUAUAAUUAUGGGUACAGAUAAUUUAGAGGAGGAACAUAUUGGAACAAACACUUCAAUAAAGGAUUCUCUCCAAAAUUAUAAUACAUCUAAGGGUAAGAAAACGGACGACCAAGAAAAAAGAAAAGCUUUUUGGGAUGACAACAAAGAGUGUUUGUGGAGAAUUAUGAAAUGCGGAUAUGAAAAGGGAAAAAAUGAAGCAGUCAAAAAAAAAAGUAAUGGAAAUAAUGUCCCCGAAUUAAAUACAAAAGAAGGAGGAGGUACUGAUAAUAAAUGUGAUAUGCCAGAUGAUACAAAUAAUAGUGACCAGUUUUUAUCUUGGAUGCAAGAAUGGUACAAGGAUUACUGUAAUAUAAGAUCAAAGUUAAAAUCUGAAGUGGAAAGCAGUUGUAGAAAUAAUGGCCAAAAUUUUAAUUGUGAAAAAUGUCCUAUAUCAUGCAACACAUACAAAGAAUAUAUGCAGAAGAAAACAAUUCAAUGGGAAGAUCAAAAAAAAUACUAUAGUGAAAAAAAAAAUGGAAAGGCUAGCGGAUAUACUGAAAGUAAUGCCACAGAGUACUUGCAAAAAAAAUUUCCUCAUAGUUGUGGUGAUCAAUCAAGUGGUACCAAUGUGGAAACCAAUAUCACCGCGUUGACUACACAACCAAAUUAUGAUGUAGAUGGACAUUGCGGGUGCAAGAAAUAUAUAGAAGACAACGAAUAUGAUCAGAUUUCUGGUAAAGGUAAUUGUGGAGGUUUACAAAACGAGGUAAAAAAAACACCUGGGAUUAAAUGGAUACACGAUAAUGGGACACAACAAUAUAAAUAUUUGAGGGAACGUGGAUUGACUAAACAUAUAUUUGUACCACCUAGGAGACAAAAUAUAUGUUUUAAGGAUCUUGACAAUACACACAAGGACGUUACUGAUAAAAGUUCGUUGCGAAGAAAAUUGAUGAAGCUGGCAGCAACUGAAGGGUAUAAUUUAGGUCAAUAUUAUAAAGAAAAAAAUAACAGUACAACAGUUUCAGAUAAAUAUUCGUACGACGUCCAACCUUGUAAUGCAAUGAAAUACAGUUUUUAUGAUUUAAGAGAUAUAAUUUUAGGAUACGAUAUGUUAGAACCUGAAGGACAAGGGACAGAAGAUAAUUUGAAUAAAAUAUUUACCAAUGGAAACAAACCUAGUAGUGACGCUGGCAAACCUGGUAGUCAGCAACGUAAAGAUUGGUGGAAAGAUCACGAGCAAUGCGUAUGGGACGCAAUGAAAUGCGGGUACAAAAGCGGAUAUGGUGAUGACAAACUACCUACUGGAUGCGAUGAAAAUGCGCCAAAAGAUAAUCCUAUUGGAUCUAACCGAACAGAUGGCACUGGAUAUCAGUUUUUGAGGUGGUUCACUGAAUGGGCAGAGGAUUUUUGUGUUCACCAAAAGAAACAGUUGGAGACCUUAAAGAAUAAAUGUAAAUUUGAUAACUGUAACGAUGAAAAUGACAAUGAUAAGAAAAUACAGUGUCAUCAAGCUUGUUGGAAUUACGGAGCAUUUCUGAAUAAAUGGAAAGAAGAGUAUAAAAGCCAAAAUAUUGAAUUUGAAGGCUUAAUAUAUACAACAAAUGUAAACCUUCAGGAGGAAGCCCCUGAAUAUUUGAGGGGAAAUUGUAAAGGUACAUGUUCAUGUAUUAAAGAUGGAGAUUAUAAGCAUAAUAAAUCUUUUGAAUAUCCCCCUCAUAAUUUCAAUGAAAAAUGUAAUUGCGAAUUAUCUGAUAAAAAAAAAACAGAAGAAUCGCCAAAAAAACCUAUACCUAAAGAAAAAGAAGAUCCUUAUAAAGACAUCGAGAAUUGCCCUUUCGAAAAUGGUGUUGGUACUGUUAAUACUGUUGUAAAUAAUGAAAAAUGUAGAAACCUCAGGGAAAAUAGAUAUUGUAUGAAAAAAAAAUAUGAAAAUGAAUUGGACAAAUGGACCAUAUCAGACGUCGAUCAAAAUCAAACUAAAAACAAAGGCGUAUUAGUUCCUCCAAGAAGAAGAAAUAUUUGUUUUAGUCAUGUUCCUUCAAACUAUAGAGCUAGUUCUGGAACAAAAAAUUUUCUAAAAGAUUUAAUUAUAACUGCUUUUACACAUGGAAAAUUGUUAGGACAAAUGCAUAAGGCAAAUCAAAAUUUAGGAAUGAAAAACAUGAAUUAUAGUUAUGCUGAUAUUGCAGAUAUAGUUAAAGGAACUGAUAUGUUAGAAAAUCAUACGUCUAGAAAGAUAAAAAACUUAUUUGUUAAAUUUAAUGGAAAGACACCUCGUGAACAAUGGUGGGAAGACAACAAAAAAAAAGUGUGGCAUGCUAUGUUAUGUGGAUAUAAAGAAGGAAAUCCCACUGCUGUAAUUAAAUCUGACGAAUGUACACUUCCAAAUACUAAAAAUAAUGAUCAAUUUUUGCGAUGGCUAGAAGAAUGGUCACAACUUUUUUGUAAAGAAAAAGUAGACGAAGCAAAAAGGGUUGUAAAUGAAUGUUUAGAACAACUUCAGAAAGAUAGUCCUAAAACCAUUGAUGAAAUAAAAUACAACAAAUGUAAACAAUUAUUAAAUAAAUAUAGAAAUUGGUAUAUUGAUAGAAAAUCUCAAUGGGACGGAUUAAAUGAAGCAUAUAGAUCUCUUCAUGUAAAUGGUGCUAUUCAAGCGUCAGGAAGUUCACAGGAACCAAAAGAACAAGAUGCUGAAAAAUAUGUGAAAAGGAAAUGUCCUGAAUGUGAUUGUAAAUAUAAUGAUUUGGAAGAUAUAAAUAAAGCUAUAAAUGAAAGUGAAGACAAAUUAUUAAAGGAAUUAAUUUUAAAAGCAAAAAUUGAUAGUAUUGUUCCUAAGGAAACAACAUUUUACAAACUUUUUACUCUCGGAGACUUAGGUCCAGAUAUUUUAAAAGAUGUUAAGGAAUCCAUACCUAACAUAAUUUAUGGAGGAAUUCUAGGUAGCUUGAAUACAUAUAACAUUGGUAAACAUUUGGGUGAUAAAAUUUUUAAUAAAAUUAAAGAUUUAUUUAAUAAAGAAAAGAGCAAUGCCACAAAAACUACAUCUCCAGAAAAUGAUGCAUCGAAUACUAGUAGUUCUUCAUCGUCUUCUAAUUCUUCUAGCAAUAGUACACAAGAUCCAAAUGGAGGACAAUCCAAUAAAAAACCGAACACACCCCUAACACCUAGUGUUGAACCCACAACACCAAGUAUCUCACAACAUAUUAUUCCUACAACAGUUAUAUCUAUUCUUGGAACAACAAUUCUUGGAUUAAUUUUAUACAAAUGGAGAAGUCCCUUUAGAAGUAAAGUGCAUAUCGACGAUAUGAUCCGGAUAUUAGAAAUGCCACAAAACGAUUAUAACAUACCUGAUGAAACGUCCACUAAUAGGUAUAUACCUUAUAGGAGUCAAUAUAAAGGCAAAACAUACAUAUAUGUCGAAGGAGACGAACCGGACGAUUAUAUUGGUAAUAUAUCUUCUUCUGAUAUUACAUCUUCAUCAGAAAGCGAGUAUGAAGAGAUAGAUAUUAAUGAUAUAUAUCCAUAUAAAUCGCCAAAAUAUAAAACUUUAAUUGAAGUAGUACUAAAACCAAGUAGCAAAACAACAUAUGAUGAUACAUCUAUGUACCAAAAUGAUAAUAGUAAUAAACUUACAGAUGAUGAGUGGAAUCAAUUGAAACAUGAUUUUAUUAUUAAUAUGUUACAAUAUGAUAAUAUGGAUAUAUCUCUUGAAAAUCUAAAUGGAAAUACUACAAAUACACAACCUAAUAUUGUUGAUAGUAGUAUGGAAGAAAAACCUUUUAUUACACAAAUCCAAGAUAGAAAAUUAUAUGGUAAUAGCCAGAUUACAUAUAAUAUUAAUUGGAAUAUUCCGGAAAAUAUCACAACGAAUAACGUGGAUAGUCCAAAAUAUGUGUCACCAAAUAUAUAUUCUGGUAUAGAUCUAAUUAAUGAUUCGUUAAAUAGUGGUAAUAAUAUAUAUGAUGAGUUUCUCAAACGAAAAGAAAACGAAUUAUUUGGAACAAAUUAUCAAAAAAAAACAUCAACAAAUAGUUUUGCCAAAAAAACAAAUAGCGACCCCAUACUCAACCAACUAGAUUUAUAUGAUAAAUGGUUAGAUAGACAUAGAGAUAUGUGUAACGAAUGGAAUAAUAAAGAAGAAAUGUUAGGUAAAUUAAAAGAUGAAUGGAAUAAAGAAAAUAACCAAAAUAUAAUGAAUAUAUCAUCAACUCAUAAUGAUAUGAAUGAUCAAACAUAUAAUUCAAUAAACACUCACGAAAGUAAUGAUAUAACAUUUGUUGAACAUCUUGGAUCAACAAAUAUACUACCCAAUGAUAUUACAAGAAACAAUUUACGUACAAAUAUAUCUAUGGAUAUACAUUAUAAUGAAAAUAAUGAUAUACCAAGUAAUGAUAAUUUGGAAAAUUCGUACAAUUCUUCAUGA